GCGGGCUUUUCAUUGUUAAUCAGUUCAAGCCUUAUAAAUUGCAAAUUAUUAAUUAAACAUGGCUUUGUGGGUGGAUAAAUACCGACCGCGAGAACUCAGCAAGUUGGAUUAUCAUAAGGAACAAGCUGACAAUCUGCGUAAUUUGUGCAAACAAAGCGACUUUCCACAUUUAAUGUUCUAUGGCCCUUCUGGAGCUGGCAAGAAGACUCGCAUAAUGUGUUUGCUGCGUGAAAUGUAUGGCGCUGGCGUCGAAAGACUGCGUAAUGAAACUAUGACUUUUACCACACCUUCAAAUCGUAAGGUUGAAAUCAUGACAGUGAGCAGCAACUACCAUUUGGAAGUGAACCCCUCAGAUGCCGGCAUGUACGAUCGGACUGUGGUUAUAGAUCUGAUCAAGCAAGUCGCACAAACGCAACAAAUUGAUAUCAACGGUCAGCGUGAUUUCAAAGUGAUUGUCAUAUCCGAAGGAGAUGAGUUGACCAAAGAUGCACAGCAUGCGCUGCGUCGCACCAUGGAGAAAUAUAUGGCCACCUGUCGCAUUAUACUGUCGGUAAACUCAACCUCACGCAUUAUACCCGCCAUACGCUCACGUUGCCUAGGCAUCCGAGUAGCUGCUCCAAAUGUAACCGAUAUGACUGCAGUGCUGCAGAGUACUUGCAAGCGCGAAGGAUUAGUGUUACCGCCUGAGCUGGCCACACGUGUAGUAGAUAAAUCGGAGCGUAACUUGCGCCGUGCUUUACUAAUGCUCGAAGCUGCCAAGGUGCAGCAGUAUCCCUUCACAGCGCAACAGGAAAUACCCGAACUAGACUGGCAAGUCUAUCUACGCGAGACGGCAAAUCAAAUUGUAAGCGAGCAGACUCCGGCAAAGUUGGAAAAGAUACGUGAUCGUUUAUAUGAGCUGCUGUCACAAGGCGUGCCACCCAAUCUCAUCUUUCGCGGCUUGGUGGAGCAGCUGGUCAACAAUUGUGAUAUGUCUAUUAAAGCCAAAACUCUGGAGUUUGCCACGCAGUAUGAGCAUCGCAUGCAGAAUGGCGCCAAGCAUAUAUUCCAUUUGGAAGCUUUUGUGGCGCAGUUUAUGAAUAUCUACAAAAAGUUUCUAUCCGAGUUGGUGAUGACGGAUGAUUUUUAAAUGUUUAAUAUAAUAAAGAGUAAAGUAAUUUAAAUGAA